CGUUGGAAGCGUUCAAGUAGUUAACAUUGUUGACUACGUCGACGCUCUGGUUACAGUUUAUUUAUCUUCUUCUGCAGCCCAACAAAGCUCAAGCAUUGUCUCCUCAAGUAUCAACUCUGGUCCUGUGCGUGCCUCGGCAAAACAUGGCAUCUUUCUCCAUGGAGGAGUUCCUCGGCGAGGGGGCUCUGAAAGGCCUCAUCCCAAAGCUUGUGGCAGGUGGCUGGGAUGAUGUACCCACAAUAAAAAUGAUGAAUUCUGAAGACAUGGAUUGGAUAAAGUUGACGCAGCAGCAGAAGGAUGCAUUGGAGCUCAGAUCACAUCUGCAUGACCGAUCCUUGAUGGAAUAUGCUGAUAGGCUAGAAGCCUCCAGGAAGUCUCUAGCUGAGCUUCUAAGUACAAGCACUGUGGUCCUUUCAUCAAAUUUCGGCAUGAAGAGAGGCCAUGUUGCACGUUUCAUCGAUCGAGCCAGUGCUUGUAGGGUCACCAUGCCACCCUCUUAUGUUCUUCCUGCCAGGGAAAGAAGCAUGUCUAUCAGCAGUAGUAAAGGGGAUGAGCCUUCUAGAACUACAGAGAGGCCGCAACAUGUCCAGACCCCCUCAAAGGUAAGCUCAUAUCAGGAAAGGUCUGCCGAGCAAUCUGCGGCAGACUUCAAAAUCAGUGAAGGAUACAUCUUUAAGGGUAUAGUUGCGGCCGAACCUGCUGAGCCAAGGCUAUGUGGUUGUGUCCAACCUCCUCCAAUAGUGGAACAUGUAGCUCCAUACUCCUCGAUUGAAAGCAUCUCAGUUCAGAAGCUUACCCCCGAGUACAAAGUUGGCAUGGGGCGUUUGGUGGCUACAAAGGCUCCACCUAUGAAAGCUUCGGAGCUAUGGAAGCACAAACCAACUAUUUUACUUUGUCUUCGACGCCCUGGGUGUGUUAUGUGCAGAGCUGAGGCUCAUCAGCUCUAUUCAAGAAAACCGAUAUUUGAUGCCCUGGGAUUUCAGCUGGUUGCUGUUCUACAUGAACAAAUAGAAUCCGAGAUUAGAGAUUUUUGGCCUCGCUAUUGGGGUGGAGUUGUGAUUCUUGACCAAUCCAUGGAUUUCUUUAAAGCCCUUGGAGGAGGAAAGCUUCUUAAAGACAAGUUUAUAACCGGAUUUCUUUUCAACCCCCGUGCUAUUGCAAAUUACAAGCGUGCACAAGCUACAGGGUUUGAACAAAACUACAAAGGGGAAGGUGAAAUCAAGGGUGGACUGUUUAUCAUUGGUAGAGGGAAAAAUGGCAUUGCCUACCAGUUCAUUGAAAGGAAUUUUGGGGAUUGGGCACCUAUUGCUGAAGUCAUCGAUGUAUGCAGCCAAUUACAGCGGGAGCUACCAAGCCAAGGCGAGUCACUAUAGAGAAACUCAUGUAGGGUAUGAACUACUUGUCAAGAUUUGGGCAUUCAUUUGAGGAAUCAUUUACCUUAUGUCACCAGAACUCUUUCACGGAGGUCUAUAUUUUCUUGAAGUUAGACAUUCUUUUAUUAUAAGAUUGGGUUUGUACUGUCUUGAAUGACAUCAAUUGUUAUAGAAAUAUGGACUUUUCAUAUUGUUACUUGCU